AUGGCUAAAAACACAACGGCUAAAUUACAAGAACCCACCCAAGAGGAGAAGAAAGGUGAAGAUGAGACUGCUCAAUUGGAGAAACCGAUAGUUGAAUCAGCAGUAUUGACCGUUGAAGAUGAGAUCCUCAAUAAUAUCACACUUAUAGGUCGUGCAGUAACUACUAUAGAAGCUAGAUUUACCAUUCGAGUAUUAAGGACGCUCACUACCUUGAGGAAGAAAUUGACUAAAUCAGCUUUGAAGAAUGUAUUAGAUCAAGCUUUCCCUAAAGGCUCCAAAACUGGUCAAUCUCUAAUUGCCAACUCAAUCUUCUCUGAUCUUCCCUCAUCUUCCUCAUCAACUUCUUCAGGAGAAGAGAUGGAAGUGGAUUCUGCUCCAACAACGACAGAUGGAUCUACCACUUCAACGAAAAAGAAAUUCUCUCCUCCUCUUGACUCAAAUGGCGAUUUGAUUCCAGAAGGAAUCAUGUAUCUAAGAUUACUUUUGAUUCUUUCAAACCUUGAUGCAGGAAAGGUUGUCGAGGCAGGAGAAUUCGCUUUGGAAUCAACUGAAAUAAUUAGUUCACUCAACAGAAGAACAAUGGAUCAAAUCGCUGCUAAAAUCUGGUUCUACUUGGCUAGAUCAUAUGAAAUUCAAGGUAGAUUGUCUGAACUUCAAUCAUCAUUCUUAGCUAUCAGGCAAACUGCUUCGUUGAGGAAAGAUGAGACUUUAGAAGUCACUGUGAUCAAUCUCCUUUUAAGAUCUUACCUAGCUUCUCAACAAUACGAUCAAGCAGAUAAACUUAUCGCCAAAACCACUUUUUUGGGUGCAGCAAAUCAAGCUCAAACUGUCAGAUGGUUAUUCUACGCUGGUAGAUUAAGAGCUAUUCAAUUGAAUUAUGGUCAAGCUAGAAGUUACCUCCAAACUGCUAUUAGAAGAGCACCGAAAGAUGAGGUAGCACCGGGUUUCGUUCAAUUGAUUCACAAAUACUCUAUCAUCGUGGUUCUCUUAACGGGUGUCAUUCCUGAAAGAGCAAUGUUUAGAAAACCAGUACUCAAACAAGCUUUGUUACCUUAUUUCCAGAUCGUACAGGCCGUGAGGAUAGGAGAUGUUACAGGAUUCCAACAAGCCUUCCAAGCUCACGAAAAAGUAUUUUUGGCCGAUUCGACUCAUUUCUUGAUCUUAAGAUUAAGACAUUUCGUCAUCAAGACAGCGUUAAGAACGAUCACUUUGGCUUAUUCCAGAAUCUCGUUGGCGGAUGUUUGUAUCAAACUCUCAUUAGAUUCAGAAGAAGACACGGAAUAUAUAGUUGCGAAAGCAAUUAAAGAUGGUGUGAUAGAUGCUACGAUCGAUCAUAAAGGUGGUUUCAUGGAAUCUAAAAUCCAAAAAGACAUCUAUGAGACAGAUGAACCCUCAAAUCAAUUUAACAAAAGGGUUCAUUUCUGUACUCAAGUUUAUAAUGAAUCCGUCAGGGCGAUGAGAUAUCCUGCUAACGCUCAUAGAAAAGAAUUGGACACCGCCGCCGACGCAAGAGAACGAGAUCGGGAAAUCGCUCAACUCAUUCAAGAAAAUGAAAAUGAUGCUGAUGACAUGGAUGACAUGGGAGAUAUCUAG